UGUUUUUGCCUUUUUGUGCAAAAACGUCGUAUUGGCUUCUCGGAAAAAAAUCCUCUUACCAUGCAGGGUGCUUGAAAUGAUGUGCAGUUUAUCGUUACGUCUAUCUUUAUUAUUUUUCUUAGCCAUUCACAGCAGAUGCGAUACCUGUUAAACUCGUUAUGUUGUGUCUGUAUUUCUGAAAAGUAUGCAGUCUGAAGAAUUUUCGGGGAUCGCAGUGCUUAGAAAGUUUUAAAAUGAUUUUCUUCGUAUUUGUGUUUCUAUUUCGUUCGAAAACUGAGGUUUGUUCUACAGACAUUUAUGGAUAGCUAGACCCAAAGCGGUCUCACUGUUCCUUCGCCACAGCUGCAAAAUAUACACUGUGAGACAAAUUCGAGAUGGUUCUGUUUAGUUUCGGCUCCGCUGGAAACAUUAUUGUGCUAUAUUAUUUCUAUUUUCUAACAUCAUCAACGUUCGCUGCUGAGGCGGAUCAAGCUUCAGGACCACUUUUGCUCACUCCUCUGUUGGAGAAAGGUGAUGCGGAACAGGCACGACAGCUCAGUCAGGUACAGGGCAACAUCAUUGCCAAGCCCACGCUGAGCUACUCAGCUUUCAUCACAGUGGACAAAGAGGCGGACUACCAUAUGCACUUCUGGUACUUCCCUUCACCCUCGGAACAAGAGGCCCCCCUCAUGUUGUGGUUGAAUGGGGGGCCCACAGUCUCCUCUAUGAUGGGCGUCUUCUGGCUGCACGGGCCCUUCAAGCCCGAGAAAGUCGGAUUGUAUGACUUUGGCAAGAUAAUACCCAGAAACGAGACAUGGGUUGGACCCUUUUCAGCCGUCUACGUGGACAUUAUCGGACGAGGCUUCAGCAGCUCCCAUGAUUUUCAGCAAUCGAAUAGAUACAAACAGGAGGUCUACACUAAAGAUUUGUACAAUUUUGUACAACAGUUUCUGCUGCUUUUUCCCGAAUUCAGAACAAGAGGCGUGUACAUAGCUGGCCAGUCCUACGCAGGGCACUUUGUACCGGCCCUGGCAUAUGCCUUACACAAGGGCAUCAGUGAGGGAGACUUGGACAUGGUUCUGAAAGGAGUCAUCCUAGGUGGACCUCUGUACUACCCACAGGUUCAAGAUGCUGCCUUGUUCGACUAUCUGUAUAAUCUGGGUGCCAUAAGCCUAGCAGAAAAGAAGGCGGCACACGAGAGGGUGGAACAACUCCAUCUCGAAGCAGCGAACAGCAACAACGAACUAAAUAUUACAUUCGCAGAGGUUUACGACAGAGUGUUGAAACCUGGCUAUGACAGCAUGAUGGACAAUUACGUCUCAGAAAGAUUACGGCCUUUCAACUUAGUUCAAACGAUGGUCAAUUCAGUCAGAGAACACUUGCAUGUUGGCGAUGUACCGUUCCACAUCUUCGGUCCCAGUCAAUACGACCAUUUCGGACCUGAUUACUUCGUCUCUACACACAAAGAAAUGGCUGAGUUAAUGGACAACUACAAUGUUCUCAUCUACAACGGAGAUCAGGAUCUCAUUGUAAGCUCUGCAAGUGUCGAAGCUGCAGUAUUGGCAACGCCUUGGAAGUUUCAAGACGAAUACCAGAAAGCGAACAGGUCUAUUUGGGGGUUCCCUUGUAUAGAAGGUUUCUACACACGCCUGGACCGGUUUUGCCGCGUUAUUGUUCAUAGAUCCGGUCACCAGGUCCCGAACGAUCAGCCAAAGUCUAGUCGUGUCAUGGUCGAACACUUUCUCAAAUAUGGCUGUUUGACAGAGCCUUUUCAAGAACACUCUACGCAUUGCUUUUGGCCGGUGCCAGACGAGACUUCCAGAGGAGCCUCAACCUUACAUUAUAUGCAUAUCGCUCUUAAGUGUAUAGUGUUAUCUUUCUAUUUUGUUGUGUCUGCAUUUGUGUUAUAAAUGUCUUGUGCUUUUCUUUUUAAUUUUAACACAUAAAUUGAUGAACGAUUGUUAGUUGAAAUAUUAUCCAGAGUUUCAUGUUGAGUGGCUCCACGUUUGAUGCAUUUGUAUGUUCAACAACAAGGACCCUUUUCAAAACUCUUAGAAAUUGUACACUAUUUUAUGUGAACUGACAUCAGGUUAACGACCUUUUUCUUUGAUGCAUUUCUUCUUCUUUGGGGGCUCCGAGAGGGGCGAUUGAAUUUUUGCCAUUAUUAAGAAAAAGAAAUUCAUCCAGGUAAGAGCGACAUGCUAAACGAAUAUUCCGUUUCGAUAGUAUUGAACAAGGUAUCGAUACACAAUGCUUUUGGUGUGUUUUUGUAGAAUACAGAUUAAGAUUAAUGAAAAUAAACUUUCAGUAUUGUCCCCUUUGCAUUUUAAGGCUUGGGACAGGUAGUAUUUGGAAACAAACAUUCUUCUUGAGUCAAUUUCUUAUGAUAUAUAGGCAGCGGUGAACAUGUUCUGUCUUUAUUUCUCCUUUGGGUGAAUGCAUCGAUGAGGUCUCCUGCCUGGCAUUUUAUUUCGUUUUUCGGUUCUCGUCCUCGCCGUUCUCUGCCCAAGGUGCAGUUCUCUUAAAUUGUUGAACGAGGACUGUUGAACAAGGCGUUUCAAAUAAACGUUCUCGAAAUCU